AUGCAGCAGCAUAAUAGUAAAUAUGAAGAUGAGGAAGUUGUGCAAAGAAAAAGAGAAGCUAGGCGGAAGGAGCAUGUUCAGAAAGAAAUAAAUAAACUCUUAGAGUCCUUUCCAAGUUUAGCUCAAUAUUAUGAAUUAGUAGAUAGAACUGGCUCAGGAACUUUUAGUAAAGUCUAUAAAGCAAAAGAUUUACUAAAGGAUCAGUACGUGGAUUGGACAAAGGAUUUAGAUCAACUAAAUGGAAUAAAUCAAGACUAUGUUGCUAUCAAAUUAAUUAUGGAUACUAGUUCACCUGCUCGUAUGGCAUCAGAAAUCAAAUGUCUUCAAGAGCUAAGAUCAUCAGCUGGCAUUACACCUUUGAUCACUGCCUUUCGAAAUGAUUCCACUCUCUUUAUUGUUUUACCCUUUAUUGAAUGUGAUCAUUUUGAUGAAUUCUUUACUAGUAUGACAGUAGCUGAUAUCAAAUGUUAUAUUAAAAAAUUACUUGUAGGCUUACAAAGUACUCAUGCAAAAGGAAUCAUGCAUCGAGAUGUAAAACCGGGAAACUUUUUGUAUAAUACGAAAACAAAAGAUGGCUAUCUUGCUGACUUUGGUUUGGCUCAAAAAGUGGAUCCACAGCCUAAAAUACAUGCAGUAAAUAGCAUAUUAAGUAAUGAGUCUAUAAAUCAAAAUGGUGAAGCAGGCUAUUUUAUGAAUGAUACAAGGCCUUCUAUACAGGCAGAUCGCUCAGGCACAAGAGGAUUUCGAGCUCCGGAAGUAUUAUUACGUUAUAAAUAUCAAACAACAGCCGUUGAUAUUUGGGCUGUUGGUGUUAUACUUUUAAGCUUUUUAAGUGGUCGCUAUCCAUUUUUUGAACCUGAAGAUGACGCAGACGCUCUUGUUGAAUUAGCUCAUCUGUUUGGAUUGAAAAAGCUAACAGAAUUUACUAAUUUUUAUGGACUCACAAUGCGUACAAAUAUCCCAACAAUACCUGAAGAAGAGUUAGACUUAGCAACAUUUUGUCAAGAAAUAAAUCAAAACGGUAUUAAAAAAUGGGAGCAGAAAGAAUAUCAUCAAGCUGUUGAUUUAAUGAAAAAAUGUCUUGAACUUAUUCAUACCAAGCGGCCUACUGCUUCUGAAGCUUUAAAUCAUCCAUUCCUUAAAUGUGAUUCAUCAUAG